AUGGUUAGCAAGCACAGUCACAGCUAUGAGAUUGUGAUAAGGAAUCUGGUCAUUUUCGAGCACCAAGAUAGCUUUGCAAGAGGCACUUUGAAGUUACAAGUAGCUUUGAUUUCUGAUCUCUCCACUGGUUUGCAAGGACCAGUCACAACUGAGAUUGUGGUAAGCAAAUCUGGUCAUUUCACAAAGACAGGCACUGUAUCUCAGCCAGAUUAG